UCGUGAAAGUGACGUGCGCGAGUAGCCGUACGAACGCUGGACGAGCUGGGUGAAGUUUGGCGGUGGUCAGUGGUGGUCAUCUCGUCGUGAAUCGGCUCGCGCUGACUUUAUUCCCCCGAUCAAUCCGAUCGCGCCGACAACCACACGUGAUUCUCCCCCGUCUGUCUUUUUUUUUCCUCUCUGCGAGGAACGAAAAUCGAUCUCGUUCAUCGGCCGCGACAUUCGCGCACGCGGGAGAGACGCGCGGAUUGACAGUUGAGACGCGAGGACGACGGGCGAAUUGACAGUCAGGUAGACACGAGAACGAUAGACCAGUCGAAACGACGACAAUGACGGUGACGACGACGGCAGGUUGUAGGUCGCGCGAUGGCGAACGAUGAUAGGCGAUGACGGGCGGCGACACGUCGCGAACGACAGACGCAGACGUUGGGCGGUACGAUUAGUGCAUUGCGAAUCGCGACAAUGCGAUAGAUCUCGUUGACUCGACGUCAUGCCUUUCUUCGCGUGACCGCGAUAGAAAUCGUUCCACUUGCAUGCGCGGAGUAACAUUUGUAGCUUUCUCUAAGCGACUUCGUCAAUGAUGAUGUUUCAUUGAUCCUGUUGAUUUCGUUGCUCGACUCGUGAAUAGAAAUCGCACAAAGAUAUUUUUUUUUUUUUUUAGUCUUUGACGAUAUCUGUCGGCAGAUAAAUCUCGUCGCGGAGCCGUCGAGGCGAAGAUCGAUCACCGUGACCUAACCUAAGCUAACCUUGAAGGCGUCAACUGUCGCCGCACUCGCACGAUCGCGAGAAAAACGCGAGGUUUCUAACGUGAUAACAUCUUGAGUACCGUGCAGCGGACAUCGCUCCUCCAUAAUGAGCACUCCCCAGACUCCAGGUAUGGACCCCUGGGUGAUCCAACCUAGAGAAAGAAUGAGGUUUCAAGAACAAUUUGAUUCAUUGAAACCAAUCAAUGGAAUUGUCACUGGCGAGCAGGCAAAGGGAUUUCUCCUUAAAUCUCAACUUCAGCCUGCUAUUCUUGGACAAAUAUGGGCAUUAUCGGAUACAGAUGCAGAUGGAAAAAUGGAUAUAAAUGAAUUUAGUAUUGCGUGCAAGUUAAUUACUCUGAAAUUGCGUGGUUUCGAAAUUCCCAAAGUACUGCCACCUGUCCUUAUACAGAGCUUGAAAGCUUUCUCAACUGGUGAUGCUAAUCUAGCUGGAUUACUGAAUGGUUCCACUGCUUCAAGUAACGUUAGCUCUCUAGUAAAUUUAAGUGGACAUCCACCAUUAGUAUCUCAAACUGUACCAAGCGUGAUACCCACAGCUGGAAAUACACUCCUAGCACUACAACAAAAUAGACAGAAUGUGGCUCCAAGCACACAUGCCACAACUCAUAUACCGUCUAAGCCACCCGCUCGACCCGCGCCACCUUCUGUGGGAAUCGCGCCUUCUAUCAGUACCACAACCGGUGGUCCCCCGCAAAGACCUGCACCACCUGCAAAUAUUGGAAGUAGUUUCGCGGCCACGACAGGUGGCCCACCACCAAAACCAGCACCACCUUCGUUUCCAAACAGUCCUAUUACAGUAGGAAUUUCACCGAUGAAAGUUACAACUUCUGUUGUUGGUUCUUCAGUUGUUUCUUCGAGUCCGUCUAUACCCGUCUCUGGGAUAGGUAUUCCAUCGGUAGCACCCAUUGCCCCUUUAAACACAACUCCUGUACCAAUGGCUGCCUUUAACAUGGCACCACCAAUACCUACACAGCCAUUAGGCAUGGUUAAUGCAGGUGGUAUGGUUGCUCCUAUGACCGGCAUUCCCAGUAUGGUACCAUCUAUCGGAUCGAUAAAUACCGGGACUGGAGUCGCUUCGUCAGUAGCGUUACCAUUAGUAUCCUCGACGAUUGCAAACGGCACAUUGGUUAAUGGUGCAAUUACGCAAACGCCUGUAUCUACGAAUACGCCUUUAAGUACGACAGCACGUCCGCCGAGCAUAGAUAGAGUAGGCUCCGUGGAUUCACAGCACAGUCAGCAUUCUGCUGGUUCUCCACAAUCAACAGAAUGGGCGGUGCCACAUCAAACCAAAUUAAAAUACACUCAAUUAUUUAAUACUUGGGACAGAACGAGAUCUGGUUUUUUAUCUGGACCUCAAGCAAGAAAUAUCAUGGUGCAGUCGCAAUUGCCACAACCAAUACUUGCUCAAAUAUGGGCUCUAGCUGAUAUGGAUUCAGAUGGACGUUUAGGUUCUGAAGAAUUUGUGCUUGCAAUGCAUCUAUGCGAUAUCGCUAAACUCGGCGAAAAGAUACCUACGACACUUCCACCGGAACUUAUUCCACCUACAUUUAGACGGCAACGUCAAACCAGUUUAACAUUAUCUCAAAAUGCAACAGAAAAUAUUGAUCCAUUAGCGGGCAUGCCACAGACUUCAUUCGAAGAUAAACGCAAAGAGAACUUUGAGAAAGGUCAAGCGGAAUUAGAACGUAGGCGUAAAGCAUUAUUAGAAAUUCAGCGAAAGGAACAGGAAGAACGGGAACGCAAAGAGAGGGAGGAAGCUGAGAAACAAGAGAAAAUAAGAUUAGAACAAGAGAGACGUAGACAAGCGGAAAUUGAAAAACAGAUGCAAAGACAAAAGGAAAUCGAACAGGAAAAAGAAGAACAACGGAAACGCGCACAAGAACAGAAGGAGGCGGCACGCAAGGAAAUGGAAAGACAACGACAAUUGGAAUGGGAACGGCAGAAAUCACAAGAGCUGCAAGCUCAAAGACAAAAAGAGCAAGAUAUUCUCCUUAAAUUGAAAGCGAAAAAUCAGACGUUGACCAUCGAACUUGGAACACUUAAUGACAAAGUGAAGGAAUUGUCACAAAAGAUUUGUGAUACUCGAGUGGGAGUGUCAGGUGUCAAAACGACUAUUGACGGCAUGAGAUCAACAAGAGAUACGCAGUUACAAGAAAUGGCUGCAUUAAAAAAUAGAUUACGGGAACAAAAUCAAAGAUUGCUAGCAUUGAGUCAAGAGAAAGCACGUAUUGAGGCGAAAAAUAAAAUUAAUGCGGCACAAGAUGCAGCUGGGCAAGAGGCUAUUAAAAUGACAUUUGACAAUAAACAAAUUACUCUUAAGCAGAUGAAAGAUAAAAUAGCAGAUUUACAACAGCAGAUUGAUUCUAAAAUGGCCGAUAUUGAGAAUAAUAAUGCUCAGCUUGAAGAUAUUAAGACACAAAUGAAAAAUUUAAUAAUAGAGUGUAAACAACUCUAUAUUACUUUCGAUGAAAAGAAGAAGAAAGUAAUCGAACUUCGAUCGAGUAGUAACGUCUCAGCUGCCGACUUUGCCACAUCUGCGUGGGGUGAUAGUGCCUGGGGUGACGCACCUGUUAGCGAUGCAGCUUGGCCUGUCAAUGAUACUGCUGCAGUGACAAAUUCAAUAGAUGAAGCUGCUGUUGUCGGUGUUCGCAAAUACAGAGCCCUUUACGAAUUUGUGGCGCGAAAUCAAGACGAAAUAUCAUUUCAACCUGGCGAUAUUAUAUUGGUACCACCUGUGCAAAAUGCUGAACCAGGAUGGAUGGCAGGAGAGAUUCGCGGUCAUACUGGGUGGUUUCCUGAAUCUUAUGUGGAACCAGUGGAUACUGGUACAGCCAGUUUGGACAACGAACAUACUUUCGUACAACAAGAUAGUGUAGAGAAGAGAACGUUAGAAGGUAUAGCGGAAGUUCCCGAGAACGUAUCCGAUGCGGGAUCACUAGGGGGAGAAGCCCCAGUAGUGGAAGCUAUUAUACCUACUUUAGGCUUAGGUACAUCUUGCGAUAUACAAGUCACUACUUUGUUUCCUUACCGACCUACUAUGGAUCAACAUCUCUCCUUUGAAAAAGGCGAAACAAUCAAUGUCUCUGAGCAGCAGGAUGACUGGUGGUACGGUUCAGGCAGCACUGGAAAUAAGGGUUGGUUCCCCAAGUCAUACGUGAAAGAGAUAAUUGCAAACAACAAAGAUACUGUGGCUGAUGGUCUUAAUGAAUAUUACGUCGCUCUUUAUCGGUACGAAUCGACUGAAGCUGGCGAUCUUAGUUUCAACCAAGGGGAAGUUAUAUUAGUUACAAAGAAAGAAGGUGAAUGGUGGACCGGUUGUAUUGGGGACAAAAGCGGAAUCUUUCCGUCGAAUUAUGUAGAGAAAUGCGAUGCUCCCACUCAGGGUGCGCCUUUGUCUACUAAUGUUCAGUCGAGUGCUGUUGCUAUUGCUACAGCUGCCGAAACACAGAAGCAGAAUGAAGCUGAUACUGCAGCGAAUGUAGAAUCGCAAGCAGAAAAAACGGCAGACCAAUUAGAAGACGAGAGAGCAGCUGCCGAGGACAGAGCGGAAUUACCGGACUUUACUGCUAUGGCUGCUCAACAGUAUUACAAGAGAGGAAGAAAACCAGAAAUUGUUCAAGUUAUUGCACCCUAUCAAGGGACUAGUGGAGAACAGUUGGAUUUACAAAGAGGACAAUUAAUAAUGAUUCGUAAAAAGACUGAUAGCGGAUGGUGGGAAGGAGAGCUUCAGGCACGUGGUAAAAAGAGACAAGUUGGUUGGUUCCCAGCAACUUAUGUUAAACCUUUAACUAGUAGUAGUAAUAGAAGUACACCUGUCUCUCAUGGAUAUCAAGAUUCUCCAACAGAUCCGAAUAUUGAACGCGUUAUGGCUCUGUAUCCUUACCAAGCACAAAAUGAGGAUGAAUUGAGCUUCGAGAAAGGUGACGUUAUAUCAGUACUUGCCAAAGAAGAGGCAUCGUGGUGGAGAGGCGAAUUGAAUGGUGUAUCGGGCGUCUUUCCGAGCAACUACGUGUCACCCAUGUCAAAUGAAUUGAUGAUCGAUACAAUGAUGUGUCACAAUCCCAGGGAAAAAAAACGCCAGGAACACAUCAAAGAGCUAAUCAUGACUGAACAUGCUUACAUAGAAGACAUGAGGCUAGUACAUGAGGUUUUUGAAAAACCGUUAAUCGAAAGCUUAGUCCUAAGUGUUGACGAGAUAGAGAGGAUAUUUAUCAAUUGGAGAGAUAUUAUCGCGUGCAAUGAUAACUUCUUGAGGACUCUAAGGAUACGAAGGGACAAUAGCUAUAACGGAGUAGUUAGAAUGAUCGGCGAUAUAUUAUGUGAAAAUAUACCUAGGAUGUCAGCUUACAUAAGAUUUUGCAGCAGCCAAAUAUCUGCUGCGUCAUAUCUACAGCGUUUGACAGAAACUUCGCCGGAAUUCGUUCAGGUUGCACAGGCAUGCCAGCAAGAUCCGCGGACGAAAGGGAUGCCGUUAAGUUCGUUUUUAAUUAAGCCGAUGCAGAGGAUAACGAAGUAUCCACUUAUCAUCGGCAAGAUAUUAGAAUAUACACCGAUGGCUCAUCCCGAUAGGCAAUACCUGCAGGAAGCAUUAGCCAAAUCUGAGGAGUUUUGUAUUCAAGUAAAUGAAGGAGUUCGAGAAAAGGAGAAUAGUGACAGAUUGGAAUGGCUGCAAACUCAUGUUACAUGCGACGGACUUGAAGAGCAGCUUGUCUUUAAUUCCUUGACAAAUUCCUUGGGACCACGAAAACUCUUACAUUAUGGUAUACUUCACAAGCUAAAAAGUGGUAAAGAACUCGUCGGCUUUCUCACAAACGACUUCCUGCUGUUUGUUCAACCCAUGAAAUUUUCUUUGAAUUGCCAACAAUUUUCAUUCGAACGUAAUGAUCAUCAAAAAUUUAAGAUGUAUAGGAAGCCAAUAUUUCUUAAUGAAUUAUCUUUAUGCGGAGAAAGCGACGGAAACAGUAGUUUGAGCGGAAGCGAUGCAGCAGAUAACUCAUCGAAAAUUUUAAGACUGAAAGAUCAAAAGAAACCAAUAAUAUUAUUAGCACCAUCUGCGAAUGAAUGUUCAUUAUGGUCGAAACGGAUCGUGGAAGCGCGGAGGAAAUUUUUGGAAAAUGAGAAAAAUUGCCUGCAAAGACAGCGAUCAAAACAGGCACAAUUUAGAGCGUGCGGCAGAAUUCUUGUCACUGUGCUCCAAGGUUUCAACUUGAAAAUUCCAUCUGUUCGCAGAAGAUUUCCUCAAGGUACAUUGCUACUAACAGUUAAAGAAGCUGAGGAUCUUAUCAUUGGCAAAAAAGGAAAAUUUAAUGCAUUCUGCAAAGUAUCUAUGGGCUCUCAAGAAGAAAGAACAGGUGUUGUAUCUGGAACUGAUUGUCCUUGGUGGGACGCCUCGAUGCAAUUCCAAGUAAAAGAUUUACUCGAGGAUACCCUUUGCAUUACUGUAUUCGAUAAAGGAUAUUAUAGUCCCGAUGAGUUCCUUGGCCGUGCUGAAAUCAGAGUGGCCGACAUAAUGAGAGAUAGUAAGAAUUCCUGUGGACCAAUCCAGAAGAGGAUUAAGUUGCACGAAGUUGAAAGUGGCGAUGUAAUUCUUAAGCUUGAUCUUCGACUAUUUGAAUAAGCAUGAUACAGCAUUAGCCUUUAAUCUAAAAGUGCAUUUAUAUAAAACUUUAUUUAAGAUUUAUAUGAUAGGUAUGUAAUAGAAAAGACUGCAAGACAGAAAAAAAUGUCAAAAUUAAUAUUUAUCUUAUCUCUUUUCCGUUUAAAAAAUUCUGAAUGAUAAUCAAGUAACUUAGUCUCUUAGUGCAUGAAAAAUAUAUUUUUAUAUAAAAAGAUAUUGAAUAUAUCAUAUAGAUAAUACUAUUACAAAGUAGUUAAGUUUUAUAACAUGACAAUAUAGAUAUAAGCAGAAAAUACACGAAGAAUAAGAU